CAUGGGCUGUUUACAUUGUGAUUUUGCCAGGAUGAAUCCUAUUUCCUUGUUGUGUAAGGAUAUUACUGAAAUGUGGCUGCGACUGAAGAAAAUGACAGAUGAAAUCAUGCAGCAAGACAACCCUGUAUACGCUGCUGAAAUCACUAAACAGCUGGCCAAGCAAUUCGCUAUUCGGUCAGGUGGCCGAGGAGCAGAUGGCUAUCCAAUUAUAACCUUUCCUGAAUAUCCAAAUUUCACAGAUAUCCCUGAAGAGGAGUUCCAAACUGUUGUAACUUACCUGACCAGUAUUCCCAGUCUUCAAGACGGUGACAUUGGAUUCAUUCUGCUCGUAGACAGGAGACAAGACAAAUGGUCCUCCGUCAAAGCAUCUCUGCUGCGAAUCACGGGAUCAUUCCCAGGAAACCUUCAAUUAAUUCUCGUCCUUCGACCUUCAGGAAUCUUUCAGAGAACUAUCUCUGACAUUGCCCUUCGAUUUAAUCGAGAUGAUUUUAAGCUGAAGGUACCGGUCAUAAUGCUGAAUUCAGUAACGGAAUUAUAUAGUUACAUCGAUAAAACACAGCUGACUCAGGAACUUGGAGGUACCCUGGAAUAUUCCCACAGUCAGUGGUUCUGUCACCGGACUGGUAUUGAGAGCUUUGCUGUAACCGUGAAGGAAACUGCACAAAUGCUCCAGGCCUUUGGAACAGAAUUGGCUGAAACUGAACUGCCAAAUGAUGUGACAACUACUCUUGGUCUUUUAACAAUACACAGGGAAAAGCGAGUCAAGAUGAAGGACGAUAUAAAUAAUGCACGAAGGCACGGCUCCUCCCUCCUCUCCAGCAUUCUGGAACCAGUUGACACCAAUCCAGAUCAUAAAUUGAACACAGAUGAAUUGGAUAAUAAGGCCACUGUGGAGAGGUUGCUUGUUCAGUUGAAUGAGACUGAAAUAGCCUUUGAUGAGUUUUGGAAUAAGCACCAGCUAAAGCUCAAACAAUGCCUACAUCUCCGACGCUUUGAGCAAGAUUUCCGAGAGGUCAAGGCAGCUUUGGGUGUUGUAACUGAACGACACAGCACCUUCACGGAUAUGGGAAACAGCUCCUCCCAUGUGGGCCACAUUGUCAGGAACCUUUGUAACCUUGAAGAAAAGUCUCAGGAAGCACUGGAGAGAGCUGAAGACUUGGCUGUCCAAGGAGAUCAGCUGAUAGAGGACAAUCACUACGCUGUGGAUUCAAUACUCCCCAAAUGCAUUGAGCUGAGAACUGUCUGUGCCAACCUAGUGAACGGAAUAAAAACCAAGAAGGAACUGCUUAAUCAAUCAAUGGAGUUGCACAAGAGGCUGGAACAGGCCAUGCACUGGUGUGAUUCUGGGAUUUACCUGCUAGCCUCACAACCUGUUGAUAAAUGCCAGUCCCAGGAUGGGGCAGAGGCAGCCCUGCAGGAGAUCGAGAAAUACCGGGACACAGCCUCAGGCCAGAAGCUGGAGGAUCUUAGUAAGAUCAGUGAUGAGUAUGGAGCUAUCCUUAGGGGUGAACUCAUGGCACACGUCCUAAAAAUCUUCCAGAAACAAGAGGAGAUGGAGGAAAUGUUUGAAAAGCGGCAAAUAAGCCUCAGGAAGCUGGCUGCUAAACAAACCCGCCCAGUGCAACCAGUGGCCCCUCGACCUGAGGGAGUCCCAAGAUCCCCCAUUCCCCUCCCCAGGACAGAUCACAGGAAAGGACAUGAUCCCAAUUUCAGCCACAAAGCAAAUGUGACUCAGAUUAAUCUGUUCAAAAGAAACAAAAGUCUUUCAAAGAUUGAGAUGAAAGAGCAUGGUGAGGGAAGGAAAUGUUCCUCUUCUGAUGAUGAUGAGAACCUUGCAGUGUUAAGAAGCCAUGUCAUGAAUGAGCUGAUUGAAACAGAAAGAGCCUAUGUAGAAGAACUGCUUUGCGUGCUGGAGGGGUAUGCUGCUGAGAUGGAAAAUCCUGCGAUGAUUCCAUUUAUCCCAGUGGUUCUGCAGAAGAAGAGAGAUGUGCUGUUUGGAAACAUGCCUGAUAUCUAUGACUUUCACAACAGGAUAUUCCUGAGGGAGUUGGAAAAUUACAUAGACUGUCCGGAGUUGGUGGGACGGUGUUUCCUGGAACGGAUGGAAGACCUUCAGAUUUAUGAGCGGUACUGUCGAAAUAAACCCCGCUCAGAAAGCUUGUGGAGGCAGUGUUCAGACUGCAUCUUCUUCCAGGAAUGUCAGAAAAAGCUGGAACACAAGCUGGGCUUGGACUCCUAUUUGUUGAAGCCUGUGCAGCGGAUAACAAAGUACCAGUUACUGCUGAAGGAGUUGUUGAAGUACAGCAAGAACUCUGAGGGAGCUGAGGACCUGCAGGAAGCACUGGCAGCCAUCUUGGGAAUUCUGAAAGCUGUGAAUGACUCGAUGCACCAGAUCGCCAUCACAGGGUAUGAGGGGAAUUUAAAUGAACUUGGUAAGCUUUUAAUGCAAGGUUCAUUCAAUGUCUGGACAGACCAUAAGAAGGGUCACGCUAAAGUCAAAGACCUGGCACGAUUCAAACCAAUGCAGAGGCACCUAUUCCUCCAUGAGAAAGCAUUGCUUUUCUGCAAGAGAAGAGAAGAAAAUGGGGAAGGGUAUGAGAAAGCCCCUUCCUACAGUUAUAAACAAUCCUUGCAUAUGGCCACUGUUGGUAUCACUGAGAAUGUUAAGGGGGAUAAUAAGAAGUUUGAAAUUUGGUAUAAUGCAAGAGAAGAGGUUUAUAUUGUACAGGCAGCAACACAUGAAGUUAAAAAUAUCUGGGUCAACGAAAUAAGAAAAGUCUUAACAGGUCAGCUGGAAGCUCGUAGAGUUUCUAGCCAGCAUCAAAAGUUAGAACAUAUUUCUGUGGCCCCUUUAGCUCUACCUAUUAAUACCAGCCCUCUGCGGAGCCCCCAGAAAGUGAUAAGAGCUGAGAUUGUGAGCCCAGAAAAUCACAGCAUUUCAGUCACCUCACCAAAGAGACAAGGAAAAGGGAAAGGUUGGACCAAAAUGUCUAAUUCCCUUGAUGUACCAGAAGAAAACAACGAUGGAUGGUCCAGUGCUGAUGACCAACUCAAUUCAUCAGAUUGUGAAGAGGAAGCUAGUAGAAAGCUGCUUCCAGGAAAGUACACAGUGAUAGCAGAUUAUGGGAAAUCAGGUGGAGACGAACUGACUGCACAUACUGGUGAUCUGUUACAACUAGUUCAUGAGAGCCAAGACGGAAGAUGGCUUGUCAGAAAUCUUAGCACAAGUAAAGAGGGCUGGGUCUCAGCUACAAACCUGCAGACACUGAUCGGGGAUUCCAGCUCUUCUCAAUCAAUAAGUAGCUCAGAGUCGGCCAGUGCUUCAAGUACCCUGAGUUCCUCGUCAAGUUGUACUGAACAUUGCACUGCUAACACCACCAGCGUCGUAGAUAUUAAGGGCUAAUGAGUCUCUUUGAUGUGUGGCAGUUUUUCUGGAAGCCCUCCCUCUUUCUAAACUAACCAGCCUUGAAGUAGAAGGUCACAUGAUAGCAUCUUCGUCCUGCUUCAUCCUCGUUUUCGCCUGGACCUGUGGUUGGUGCCAGCAGUGGCUUUAACUUUUUAUGCAAAGCAUUCCUUGGAUCGGAGGUUACUGCUGAUGUCUGUUGAGCUGUGACUGAGACCUUGAGAACGGGGAGCACAUGGUUCACGGACCUAUCCAUUGACACCUCCUCAUUCCUGCCGAAGGCACUGUGUGGAUUUAAUCACGGUGGUGCCACCAUCAUUUCCUGACGGACAAGCAAUGGAAUAAUUAAGAAAUAGGCCCAUGCCAAAGCCUUAGAGAUUGGAGUGGAAUAUUAUUACAGUGCAAUUUCAUAAUGAGGACAAUUCUGAGUAAUAUGAAACCAGUUGGAGGAAAACAAACAUUGGCAACACACAUCGAAGCAACAGCAGUGAUAACAGCACAAAAGUACCAAAGUGAAGGUACCUUUAUCAAGACCUUUAGAUAGCACAUUUCAGAGCAACUGGCAGGGAUAUUGAGCUGCACUUUAUGAAGUUAUAACUCAGAGCUUGACUGUGCUUUUUAAAUGCUUCUUAAUGCAUGUGGUCAUCACAUGCACUUGUUCCUUGGAUCUAAUGCACAAUCAACAGCUUAGUCAUAGAACUUUCCUUCCUAGUUACCACUGUGAGAGAAUUUGACCUUUAAGCCCCAGAAUAAUGUUUUCAACUUUGAGUAUGUCACUUGCAGGUGAAGUACUUCUGUGAUACAUAACCAUCUGAUUAGCUUAUUUGUUAGUAAUUGGUUUUCCAAUGCCACCUUGUUUCAUAGGUUUGUUGGAACAACUUGCGUGUGUCCGCAACUGCUCUGUAACUUUACUGUGAAGCCAUUAGCUCCUGACAUACUGCGCUGGGAAGAAUAUUGCAAAUGUCAAUUGAUAUACAAAGUAUUUGACCAGUUUGUAUAAAUGCCCUUGUGCAAGGAGUGUGUAUUUUGAAAGUGCAUCAUUCCUUACAGUGUCCAUGAACCCUGGUGUUUGGAGUAUAUUUUGAGGGGCACAUGAUGUGCUUGGUUGGUGAGCUGUUGUAACGCUUUCUAGAAGCUCUGGAUUGUUUGGGUAUUAUUCACACAGGGGAGAGGUCCACCUUCCCCUCACCCAACGAAUGCAGACACUUGGUGUCACUUUCAACACCAGCUAAAUCAGUUUUGGUUGAGCAUUGACAGUCUUCAUGGUGGCUGAUAUCAUGACUGUCUCCUACUACCUUGUUAGAUUUUACUGGGACUGAUAUUUUAAUGUGACUCUUGACCUAAGUGGUUUAUUCCUGGUACCUCUUAAAAUAUUACACUUUAGAUGAUGCAGUGCAGCACAUUUCAUGGCACUUUAUACAGCACUUUCUGCUCAUUUUUAUUGGCAGUGUCCAUGAACUUUAGAAGCUGUUCUAGAUGUGUCUUUCUGUAUUGUGCAUGCGGAAGCAUGAGUACAAUAAAGGGAGCAAUAAUAACUGA